UAAAAAAAAACUAGAAGCGAGACUGUAACAUACACUCGUUUUUUUUGGUUUGGAAACAAAACCCGAAAUCUCUGUCAUAUCAAUGUAAACCGAUAAAAAAAGCACAAACAUGAAAUUUGUCCAAUUGUAAAGUAAACCAAUUUAAUUUCUCUGUUUAAUAAUAUUGAUAUCGGUGUGUGCAAAAUGCAACGUUUUGCAAUCAAAAUUGAUAAGUCGGUGAAGGCACGACUAAAAAAUUUGUGUCGUUUAUGUGGAAUUGAUAAUCCAAAUCAAAUUGAUAUUCUCAAUGCAGCCGAAUGGAUUGACUUGACCAUUGACGGUGAGGUGACAUUAAGCCGAAAAAUUGCCGAUUGUGUUGGCAUACAGGUUAUGAAGAACGAUCGAAUGCCGCAACGUAUUUGUGCAUUGUGCGUAGAUAAAAUCAAUGAUUUCUAUGAAUUUCGAGAAAUGUGCGAGGCGACCAAUGUUCAAACACGAAAAUUACUCAACUUGCCCGAUCCAGCAAAAGCAAAGCCCCCGAAAAAGGUCACAAUCAAAACGGACGAUGAUGAAGCAGUUGAGAGCAUUUUUGGUAUUGUUGAUACGGAUGUUAAAACAAAAGCGGAACCAGUACAAAAAACCGCAAAGAAAUCGAAAAGAACAUCAGGUGCAGCAGCGACGACAACAAGUGAAAAUCGCUUCAAAGGGAUGACCAAACGUGAAAUAGAAAUAACAUUGGAACUUGAACGAAUCAAACAAGAGGAAGAAGAAGAAGAAAAGAAGAUUGCAACGGGUCGUACGAAAAACGGUAAGAAAAAGAAAACCAAGGCAUCAGCGACUGAUUUACUCGCACCCAAAGAACCAAAUCAACGUGAACGCAAACGAGAAAUUGAACAAAAGCGUAAAGAAAUGAAACGAAAGGCCGAAACAAAAACAAAACCGCCGAUUAACAAAAAGAAGAUAAAAAAGGAGCCGGGCAUAUCGUGUUUGGUAUGCGAAGAACGUUUUGAAAAAAAUUCAUUCCGUGAUGCACACAUGCUUGCAAGCCAUCGUCCAAUGACAUCCGAAUACGGUUGUUCCAGUUGUCUCGAACAAUUCAUCACCGUUGCCGAAUAUAACUCACAUCACGAAUGGCACUCAAUGUUCCAUGUUCCACAUAAAUGUGUGAUGUGCAGUGCAACAUUUGAAAAGCUUAUCACAUUUCAACGCCAUGUUUCGGCAUGCAUUCAUCCAUCGUAUGCAACGAUGACAGCAUUCUCAAAUAGUAUUAAUUGUGAAUUGUGUAACGAAGAAUUCGAAACACAAAAUUUAUAUGAUUGGCAUAAUUGUUUCAUUGGAUCGAAUUCACCAUGUCCAAAAUGUCAUCGAGUUUUUAUUAAGAAAAAUAUUUUAAUGAAGCAUUUUUUUAAAUGCACCGGACCCGGUCCUGUUCCAAUUGAAAUAGUUCCGAAAAAGGCUGGCCCCAAAUCAAAGAAACAAAAACCAUCAAAAACUGACACACAACCGCAAAAUAGUUUCAAAUUAGAACCGGAAACCAUAAUUGAAACAGCCGACGAUGCUUACGAUAAUGUUGACGAAGAUAUGGAUAAUAGUUAUAUGGACACACAUUUUGGAGAUAGUGACAACGAAUUUGAUGGACAGUAUAAUGACAGUAUUAUGACAACAUUACCGAUAAAUGAACAAGGACCAAGUACACCGAGCUGCUCGAAGGCGAGAAAAAGUACGACAUGCACAAGUUUGGGUUCGAACACACAAAUACGUACAAAUUUAAAUCAACCACUGCUUGAAUGUCGUGUUAAAUUGGAACCACUUGAUAUGAACGCCUUUAGUACAUCAUCCAUUUCAAUAAAUGAACCAACCAUAGAAGAAGAAGGCGAUAAACAGCAACCAUCUAAACUACCAACACCUUCACCACCGCCAUCACUGACUGUUCCGCCACUGGUGAUCUCACGGCCAAUGGUGCCUCCACUCACAAUUCGCAUUAAAAAAGAGGUGAUACGACCCGGUUACGGUGAUGAAUUCGAUGCAAAUUUGGCACGAAACAUAAAAGAGGAACGUGUUGAUGAAUCGUAUGAGUUGGCUAGUACUUCACGCGCAACGCACAAGAUUAGUCAAAAGAAAUCAAAACAUCGUGACAAAGAGAAGAAAUUAUAUAAAAAACCAGCAUUGUUGGCAAUUAAAAUAAAACAAGAACGAAUGGAACAAGAGGAAACUGACAAUUUCUAUCCGGAUUAUUCAAUGCCAACAAACGAUUUCAACGACACAAUGCCAACGAAUCAAUCAACAUUUGAAACAAAUCCAUUGCCAAUUAUCACACAAAUUCAUAGCGUACUUGAACCGCCAACAAUUAAUCCAUUGGCAUAUGCAGCACCACAACCAAAUCCAUUUGCAACCAUUUCAACAACAAAUAGCAUACCAUUUCGACCGAUUCGCAUUAAAUGCGAACCGAAGACACCACCGCCAAUUGAUGCUGGUGAUAAUUUUAUUGACACCCCCACACCGUUGACAAAUACAACAUCGCUUACCGAUUGCAUGAUACCCAUUCAAAAUAUUAAAAAAGAAAUCCACACUGAAAACGAACCGAAUGAAGAAGCCGCUGAUAAUAGUGUAUGUGAUAAUACAAAUACUUCAUUACAUGAAUUUGACAAUUUGAAUCUCCAAACGAAUAUAAUCGAUAAUGUAGCAGCUGUGACAAUCGAACAAGAAAAUCAAACGGAAAAUGUGACAGAGGCCGAAAACUGUUCUAUCCAAACUGUUGAUGCCAUUAACGAUUCCAAUGAAUUAACUUCAAAUGACCAUAAUGUUGAUUCAGAGACCAUUCAACCGGUUUCGAAUGAUACAAAUUUCACAACUAACGAACAAUUAUCUGAAUCAAUUGACGAGACAAACUCAAUGCAACCGCCAAAUGAGAUUGAAAACCAAUUGGCAGCGGAUCCCAAUCAAAUAUUAGCUCAAACGGAUCCACAAAUUCAAGAUAAAAUUUCGUCUCCAAUGGAACAAAUUCACCCACAAAUUGAAAACUCCGAAAAUGAGUCGGGUCAAUUUCAAUCUUUACACGAAAUUGUACCGCCGUCAAAUCCUUGCGAAACGGUAUCCCCGUUAAAUGAAGUUCCUGCAAAUCAUAGCAAUGAUGUCACAAAUAAUGAAAUUUAUGAAAAUGAAAUCGCCGAACUAGAAAAUGUUGUGGCAAACGAAAGUGAUUAUGCAAAUAUCCACGACACAUGCCAACAAUCGACCGAUAUAAUUGAAGUGAAUGCAGAACUUGAAAGCAUUUCGAAUGCCAAAACGAAUGAUGACGAGAAUGUCAUAAAACUAAUUGGCAACGACGAUAACUUGGACGUGGUUGUUAACAACGAAAAUAUCUCACCAAUUGAUUUCAAUGACAACGAUGACAGUUUGAAUUUUAUCGAACAAUUGGUGCACGAGGAAGCCAGUAAAAUAAUUCCACAAAUUGAUGAUAUAACUGAAAAUAUUCCAGUUGAUUCGUCCAACAUGCAGUUCGAUGCCUGCCAGUUUGUUGGUGGUUCAUCUCAGCUUGUCACCGAUAAUGCUGACACUUUGGCUGCAAUUGAUGAUGAAACGAAUGCUGAUGAAUCGAUUAUCAAUUCUACAACCAAUGAUACUUUUGUCACUCUAACCGAUAUACCAGAUGGUUUGGUGGCCACACCUGAAAUUGAUUACAACGAUUUUUUGCCCGAAAUUGCCGCCACACAAUCUGAUUCGACCAAAGGCGAUGUAGCCACUUCAAUGCAGCCCAUCAAUGAAUCUGAACCAACAACUGCAAAUGCUGAAUUACCAAUUUAAAUGAACAAACCACACAUCAAAAAUGAAAGCCUACAUUUUCAAAGCUACAAAAUGACUUAAAUUUCAUCCUCUAGGAAUACACAUUUUAUAAAUAUAAAGAAAAUCAACACAGUUGACAUAAAUAAAACAUAAUAUACGGAUGAUUUAAAA